AUGAACGCAAUCUUCUUCACCGGCCUAUUCUGCUCGUUACUGCUCCUUUGUAGCACAUCACCAGUUUCUACGUAUGUCAAUUAUGAAGACGACAGGCCGCACCGUGUCAAGCGUUUCGGUGGCUUCGGUCGUUUCGGCGGUGGUGGCUAUCCGGGCUUCGGCGGUGGCGGCUAUCCUGGCUUCGGCGGUGGCGGCUUUCCCGGCCUCGGCGGUGGCGGCUAUUCGGGCCUUGGCGGUGGCGGCUAUCCGGGCUUCGGCGGUGGCGGAUUCCCCGGAUUCGGCAGCGGUUACGGCAACAGUUACGGACUCGGCUCACGUUACGGACUUGGCGGCUUCAACAACGGUUACUAUGGCGGAUUCGGAUAA